CAUCGUCUGGUCAAAUAUGUCAUCCUAUGUGGAGAUUAAUUAUAACUUAACCAAGUAUCCCCAACUACUCAAAGGUAAACAAUAAAUAUUUAUUAAUUUUCGCAGGGUUUGAAAUAGUGGCCAUCCUAAAUUAGGCAAUCUUCUUAAUUUGAAAUUACCCGCCAAGCAAUGGCGGUGACAAUUCAUGAACUUCCCAUCUGCUAAAGUUACUUAACAAAACAUGGACCUACAUUCAAGUUACGCACUUUAAAAGAAUAAUUCUAACUAGUGCUAUCUUCUGUGAUUUUUCAGUUAUUAUUUUUUUUUGUUCUAAUUUAAAUAGAUAAUUCUAGCACAUUGAAGAAUUUUUAUAUUUACAUAUUGGCCUAUUUACAUUAAUUAUAACAUAUUUAAAUUGAUUAAAUUCGUAAAUAGAGCAUGAGAAAACUACACUGAGAUCUUGGAAAACAUGAGAUAUUAAUUUCUACUAAAUUUUUGUUUCUGGUUAUUGGUCUUGUCUGCUGAAGAAGGCGUUUAGCCGAAACGUCCCUUUGACUGUCCUGCCUUCGUUCUUUUAAAGCCUGUACAUAGCUUGACCCAGUGUUUAUUUACUAUUUGCGGCUCGUACGCAGUACCUCAUAUAUUAUCUUGUUCUUAACUGCUAUUGGUUAUGAAAACGUCUUGAGGGAACUCUGAUAAAUGUCUCUUGUACUAGGAUAGGUGUUAUCGCAGGCUGACAAUGAGUUUGCUUGAAGAUAUUGACUUAAAAGCCUAAUUAUUAUGUUAGUGCUUUGUAUUAAAGGAACACUGACAAUUAAUAGCGUUUUUAAUAUAAAUUCAAUAAUUAUUAUUAUGUCAGAGUGAUUCUGUGAUAUUUUUAACAAUUUUACCAGCACCCUCACUAAACUAUCAAUGUUGCUAUUUCCUGGUAAAAAAAAAUAAUAAUAUAUAUAGGCAUGGGCGCCCGCGGGUAGGGGCAAGGGGGGCACUUGUCCCCCCCUCCCCAUUGAUUGAUUGGAUAAUUUUUUUUAGACAAAAAAUGUAUUAAAGUAAAGAGAAAAUAAAGAGAAAGUAACUAAGCUGAUGUCCUGUCCGUUCGUUCACCAUACAAAUACGCUACAGUAAAUUAAAACUAUAUUAAAACAUUUCUAAAAAUGUUUGCCCCCCCCCCCCCCUGGAAAGUUAAUUCAAUUUUUUGCCCCCCCCCCUAGAAAGUUUUCUGCGGGCGCCCAUGUAUAUAGGUAUAUUAUAUUUACACCAAAUAAUGUAAGGUUAUUUAAUUAUCUGUUUGAAAAUAGGAUAUUUUGGUUUUCUGGUCAUUUGAAGAUGAGCCCCAACAAGCAAUUAAGCAAUUGAAGUUUAUUAUUAUUAUUUUUUUUGUUAAAUGUACUUAAAUUCGUUUUCCCCUUUGACAGUAAUAUCUUUAAAAGGAAGGUAUUCACGCCCUUUUUUUGCGUUUCCUUUUAAAGAUAAUCAUUGCUUAAAAAUCAUUCCAAAAUUGUAGAAACCUUGCUGUUAGCCACUUAUCAAAAAAAAAAAUAUGGUUACAAUCCUGGAAAAGCUUUAUUUAAACAUGACUUGGCGUGAUCACCAUCAGUAAAUAAUUCAUGAGAGUCGCUGGCGUAGGAAGAGGGGGGGGGGGGAGGCGGUGGAAACGGUGUUUUUUGACCCUCCCAUCCCCCCCCCCCCCUCACCUUUUUGUCUGAAAUUUUGUUAAAUUUCACUCCUCCAUCUGUCGACCAGGGACGCCAUACACCGGUGUCUUGUACACGGUCCCAGGCACGGACCGCUACUACCAUGUACAGCUCACCAACCAACGAGCCAAGUUUGGCGCCUACUUAUUCGCAUACGGCAGCAGCGCUUCCUUCUGCCACCCUCUUGGAAUCGCUGCCAAACAGGGGACUGCUAGCAGCGUGCGUACUCAUCAAGUUGCUAUUGUUUUGCAUGUUAAUCUUUAAUAUACGAUAAGAGGCAAAUAUAUAUAAAACCACUCCCAUCUUUGAUCGGUUAAGAUCUUCCAAUAAAUUUCAAAAGCCAUGAUCCUUUUAAAAUUCUUAUGAGGAUAUGUGUAUUACUACCCUAUUCAAGAGAGCAUAUUAGUCAUGAAUCAAAUGUAUGAUUGCACAUUACAAGAUGAUAUCUCUUUAUGACCGACUGGUUGCUCUUUGCGCAUUAUUAUUUUUCAUAAUUCUAGUAAAAUAUUUAGCUAAAAAUCGGAUGAGAUUUCCAAAGGGUAAAAAACGUACCUUUGCCUCAUAAAAUGCAAUUCAAAGAGCCUAUUUAUCGACAAAAUCCUGUUCACAUCCCAUUUUAUCAAGUUUAAAAUUGCGUUUGUUUCAGAUACCCUCCUAUGACAAGUAUCAGGCCAGUCUUCUGCAAGAAGAUGUGCCGCAAACCACAUGCGCGGUUGAGGG